AACAAAAAGUCGAUUAUAAUUAUCGAUGAAAAUUCCGGAACAAAUUACAUACAUGUUCUCUAAGAAUCAGGAGCGGAUAGAUUAUCAGGAGAAUAUGAAUCGACAAGAGGUAAAGCGAGUUGAAGUAAGUUGCGAAUUCAAAUAUUUGCUAUAUUUGCGAUAUUAGGGGAGCAUGAUUCGGCACAGGUGAUGCGAAUUAAAUUCCAAAGUGGCGCAAAUACAGGUGACAUCGCGGCGCCAUCUGUGACGAGAUGACAGGUGUUGCUUCGUGGCGUGUGUCGUGCCGUGCAAGUGUGUUGACACGUCGAACCGUGUCAAAUUUACGCGAUACUCUCAUCUCGUUGUAUCCUCGCGCUAAUAUGACAUUCAAUUGUGAUUCUUAACGUUAACGCGACGCGUUUAUCGGUGCAAGACGUGCGCGUCGUCGCGAUUUCGUCUAUCUCGACCUUUUCACCUGUUACAGACACGUCAUCGUGAAACGGUUUUUCGUUUUCGCACGAAGGUUAGAAUUCUUUCUGCGCCGAGACAGUGAAUCCCUAUUCCCUUAUGUUUUUCGUUUUUCGUCUACGCGUACUUGAUUAAUUUGCGUCACGAGAGCGUAAUCGAAUGGAAAUUGAACCGAAUACAUGCGAUGUGAUCGCCAGUGGUGAUCGUUGAAGCGGAUCGAUUCGAAAGGAGCACGAAUACGUAGAGCGAAAAUGGCCAAAUUCCGGAUGUUACCGCGCACUUCGCGCAUCGUGGCACUCUGUUCAGCCGCGAAUUUCAUAAACGCCGCGGACAGGGUCAUCAUGCCCAUCGCCAUCGUCCUCAUGACUGACGAGUUCAAGUGGAACCUGUACUGGCAGGGAUGGAUACUGUCCGCGUUCGCCUUUGGAUAUUUCACUAGUCAAAUCAUUGGUGCAAGUACAGCGAAUCGUUUUGGCUGCAAAACGGUACUCAUGUUGGCGGUUUUGUUGUGGUCCAUUAGCACAGUAGUCACGCCGUUGCUAGCACAGUCGGUACCGUUACUCAUUGUCUGCAGGGUGGUUUUAGGUCUUGGAGAAGGCCUAGGUCUACCUGUGAUAUUUCACUUAUUUGCACAUAAUGUUCCUGUAGAGGAGAGGUCGCGUGCUUUUGGAUAUCUUGUAGCUGCUGGUUCUGUCGGCCAGGUGGUCGCAUCUGUUAUAUGUCCGCGCUUGGCAUGGCAAACUGGAUUUUACUUAUUUGGAACUAUAGGUAUUUUAUGGACUUUAUUAUGGUUGGUGCUAUAUCAAGAGACUAACUCUCAAGAUGAGAUACCAUUAUUUGUUCCUAAGGUAGCUCAAAAUAGAAGUUUACGUUGGACCGAGUUCAUUGCUCAUUGGCCAUUGUGGGCUUUAUACAUAGCACACUUUGCAAUGAACUGGAGUAAUUAUAUAAUAAUGCAAUGGCUGCCGACGUAUUUGGCAAGAAACUUAUCUGCAAACAAAGAGAGCAUCAGUUUGACAGCGCUUCCUUACAUUGUCAAUUCUCUUGUUGGCAUUGUUGCUGGCCAUAGCGCUGAUACUUUGAUACAAAAGAGAUGGUCCGUUUUAUCCGUUAGAAGAUUGAUGACUAAUAUAGGCCUAAUAGGACCUGGAGCAUUCUUAUUAGCUUUCUGUGCUGUAGAUGAUCUACUUGCAGCAGUCGUCUUUGUUUCGAUAUCUAUGGGCCUUUGUGCAUGCAAUUCUGCCGGACACCUAAGUAAUCACGCAGAUAUAGCUCCGAAUCAUGCGGGGGUUACAUUUGCAGUUUCAAAUACAAUUGCAACAAUACCUGGAAUUCUGUGCGGCCCAUUGACGGCUGAAUUAGUGACUGCCUCGCAUGGUUGGUGGAUGCCAGUUUUCGUGCUAGCGGCAGCGAUCAAUUUCACCGGGGCUAUAAUAUACCAAAGCCACAGCUCGGCACUUCCAGUGUUGUGAUAUGCUCUCAAUCGAACAUUAUGCAUUAAAGAAAGAGAAAUAGUCAAGUAUUUGUUGAAGAUAUGCGAAAAUGCAUGUUUGCAUUAAGAAUUGUAAACGAUUCUUAGUCUUGCAACGAUGAAUGAUUACAAGAAGUUGAUGCGGUGCGUUUGGUUAUGGCGCAUUGGAGAAUUGGAAACAUAUCAAGUUCUGCUUGGUGGCCUCAUGGGGCAACACAACGCGCUUGGUGAGGCUCGGGGCAUCGUAAUUCUGGGAGCCGCGAUCCUCAUCGCGAAUAUCCAUCAGGCUCCUCGACUGGCUCGGCGAGAUCAGGCA